AUGAAGGCCAACGUGCUGCUGCUGGCCAUAGCUCUCGCCACGUUGCUACACUUGGCUUCGGCUCAGACAAAUUACAACUCAACAUGCAAUAACGCGUGCACUUUGUCGGGCAACAACACCAUCUACCUCAACUGCACAGGGCAAUGCGUGACUUGCCUCGCCAACGUUCCUUCCGGCUGUGUUCCCUACUUCAACCCCAUCUUCAACGGAGGCAAUCUUCAGAAGUGUGAGUGCAGUUUCUCCUGCCACGCGUCGCUGGAAUGGUGGCAGUGGAUGCUGGCGGGCUUUGCGAUCUUCUUUGCGUGCGCGAUGGUUGGCGCAUGCAUCAUGUACGGCACCAAGGGAGCACAGUAG